GUCACGUUGGGGGAACGGCAGAAAGCAGCUAUCCGUUUACACUACUUUGCUCUAGCAGCUAUCUUAAUGAUUGCAAGUGCGGCGGACAUCAAGCAGGAGAAUGGGAUGGAAAGCGCCUCGGAAGGCCAGGAGGCGCACCGCGAAGUGGCGGGGGGCGCGGCGGUCGGGCUGAGCCCCCCGGUUCCAGCCCCUUUCCCCCGGGAGCCGGGGGCCGCCGCCAGGGUGAGCGGCGAGGAAGGGGCCGCGGCGGCGGAGCAGGUACAGCUGCACUCGGAACUUGGCCGGCCGCACGCCGCGCAGCCCCCGCUGGCCUUCUCGCCGGACCAUGUCGCCUGCGUGUGCGAGGCGCUGCAGCAGGGGGGCAACCUGGACCGCCUGGCCCGGUUCCUGUGGUCCCUGCCCCAGAGCGACCUGCUACGUGGCAACGAGAGCCUGCUGAAGGCACGGGCGCUCGUGGCCUUCCACCAGGGCAUCUACCCCGAGUUGUACAGCAUCCUCGAGAGCCACAGCUUCGAGUCGGCCAACCACCCGCUGCUGCAGCAGCUCUGGUACAAGGCGCGCUACACCGAGGCCGAGCGAGCCCGCGGCCGGCCGCUGGGCGCCGUGGACAAGUACCGGCUGCGCAGGAAAUUCCCCCUGCCCCGCACCAUCUGGGACGGCGAGGAGACGGUGUAUUGUUUCAAGGAGAAGUCGCGCAACGCGCUCAAGGAGCUCUACAAGCAGAAUCGCUACCCCUCGCCCGCCGAGAAGCGGCACCUGGCCAAGAUCACCGGCCUGUCCCUCACCCAGGUCAGCAACUGGUUCAAGAACCGCCGGCAGCGCGACCGGAACCCCUCCGAGACCCAGUCCAAAAGUGAGUCAGACGGCAACCCCAGCACUGAAGAUGAGUCCAGCAAAGGACAUGAGGAUUUGUCUCCUCACCCACUUCCGGGUGCAUCUGAUGGUGUCACCAACCUCAGCCUUUCCAGCCACAUGGAGCCAGUAUAUAUGCAACAAAUUGGAAAUGCUAAGAUAUCAUUAAGCUCUUCUGGAGUUUUGUUGAAUGGAAGCUUGGUACCUGCAAGUACUUCACCUGUCUUCCUUAAUGGUAAUUCUUUUAUUCAGGGACACAAUGGAGUUAUCCUUAAUGGAUUAAGUGUGGGAAAUACACAGACAGUGUCACUGAACCCACCAAAAAUGUCUUCAAACAUUGUGAGCAAUGGCAUAGCCAUGACAGACAUACUGGGAUCCUCCCAGGAUGUGAAAGAAUUUAAAGUUCUCCAGAAUUCUGUGAACUCCACAGCCACCACCUCCUACAGCCCUAGUGCCCCCGUGUCAUUCCCAGGGCUCAUACCCUGCACUGAGGUGAAAAGAGAAGGCAUUCAAACAGUGGCCUCCCAGGAUGGGGGCUCUGUAGUGACUUUUACUACACCAGUGCAAAUUAACCAGUAUGGCAUUGUCCAGAUCCCGAAUUCCGGAGCGAACAGCCAGUUUCUUAAUGGGAGCAUUGGAUUCUCUCCACUGCAGUUGCCUCCUGUGUCAGUGGCAGCUUCACAAGGUAAUAUUUCAGUAAGUACAAGCACUUCAGAUGGAAGCACGUUUACAAGUGAAUCUACCACAGUCCAGCAAGGAAAACUUUUCUUGAGCUCUCUUGCCCCCAGUGCAGUGGUAUACACUGUUCCUAAUUCAGGCCAGACUGUGGGAGCUGUGAAACAGGAAGGCUUAGAAAGAAGCCUGGUCUUUUCUCAGUUGAUGCCUGUCAAUCACAAUGCACAAGUAAAUGCAAGCCUGUCUUCUGAAAAUAUCUCUGGGAGUGGCCUCCAUCCACUGGCCUCCUCAUUAGUUAAUGUAUCCCCAGCCCACAAUUUUUCCCUGACUCCCCCUACAUUACUAAAUCCCACUGAGCUAAACCCUGACAUUGCUGAUAGCCAGCCAAUGUCUGCACCUGCAUCAAGCAAAUCUACUGUAACAUCUGUCAGCAACACUAACUAUGCAACUCUUCAGAACUGCUCCCUUAUUACUGGUCAAGAUCUAUUGUCAAUCCCUAUGACUCAGGUUGCCCUUGGGGAAAUAGUUCCUACAGCUGAGGAGCAGGUGGGUCACGCCUCACCAGCGGUACACCAGGAUUUUGCCAGAGAACAUCGUUUGGUUCUACAAUCAGUAGCUAACAUAAAAGAGAAUUUCUUACAAAAUUCUGAGAGCAAAGCAACCAACAGCUUAAUGAUGUUGGACUCCAAAUCUAAAUAUGUCCUAGAUGGCAUGGUUGAGACUGUCUGUGCAGACCUGGAAACAGGCAAAAAAGAGCUGGCCAAGCUUCAAACUGUCCAGUUGGAUGAAGAGAUGCAAGAUUUAUAAACCUUAUUCACUACACACACAUACCCCCACCUUUUUUUUUUUUUUUUCCAAUCAGCAGUAAAUCUUUUCUCUGUGAAACCCUCAAGAUGGAAAACAUUUUGUCAUUUAAAGGAAAACAUUCUACUUCUUCAAGGAAAUGCAUUCAGGAGACUUUGGACUGAUCCUCGGGAAGAUCACAGUCAAACAGACAGGAUUAGAACUGCAUGGCUGCUGCAUCACUUUUGUUCACAUGCAAUGUUCUCUUUUAAAUAGAUGGAGACAGAGCAACAGGAGACAUGCACCAAAUCAUCAUAUGUCAUCUAGUUGGCAAUAGAAUUCUAGGGUCAAAAUGGAACUUCAUAGUAUUUUAAAUUAAAAAUGCAUACAUCUAACUUAGCAAAUUAAAUAAUAGCUACAGGCUGUUAUAGAAGUAAUGCAGUUGUUUUUGUUUACUUCUACUCCAUGGGCAUUGAUAUGGUUAAGAAAGAUAAUGGUACUCCAAACUAUUAUAAGGGUAUAUU